UAAUGUAUACAGUAAAGUAAUUGUUUUUGAAAUUCGUUUUCAUUUAAUUUUCAAAGUAAAUAUUAAAAGAUUUAUCGUAGUACUAUUUUACUAAAGCUAUUAUGUCUGGAUAUCUCUGGGGGGUAGCGCAUCUAGUAAAUGAUCCCUCUAACGAGCUACUGGAAGCCAUUCAAAAACGGCUAUUCAAAAUCGAAAUUAAUAAGCCUCCAGGUAAUGAUAUUGAGAAAAAAUCAACCGAAACUAUUGCUCCCUUGCCUACACCAAGGCGAAAAGAGACUGCCAUUGAUACGACCGAUUUGGAAAGUAAUUUAAAGGCAAUUAGAAGUCAAAAUUUGCGCUCUCAACACGUUCAAGUAGGCAAAGUACCACCAGUGAAAAAAGAAAAGUCACUUCAAUGCCGGUGCACCACUCAUACAGCUUGCAAAAGUACAAGCGUUCAAAAAAUAAAUUACACGGAUCACAGCUGCGGCUCUCAAAACCUUAUCAUGAAAGAUGAACACGCCAGUCCGCGUAGUGAAAAGAUUUGUCAAGCUCAUAAAGAAACAUUAUUACUUUUACAGCAGUGGACAUCUGUUGACUUUAACAGAAAAAAGAAAAAGCGUUAUUUACGUAACCUCAUGAAAAGUAUGAUUCACAAUAUUGUUAAUUAUUUUAAUGUACAGAAGAUUGAACCAUUCUCUCAAUACCCUUACACAGAAAAAGAAAAAAUGCAGUUAUUUAGAUGUGCCAGUAUUCACAAGAUAGAAAAUAAAUCACGAAAGUAUUAUUUUUAGCUUUUUUAUUAUACUCAAGAUUUAUUUUCAAAUGUUGUUUUCUAGUGGAUUGUCAUUUUUCAUGUAUUUUGUGGCAUCACUAAAUAAGAGGUGCAAGCUCUCACAUUAAAUAUGAAUAAGAAUUUUUAAACACAAUGUCUUGUAUUUCAGUAAAACAACUUUAGUAAGUAAAUAUUACUUGAAAACACUUUUUUGUUAUUUGUUUAUAAUGCUCCUGACUUCUGACACAUUUUAGUUCAAUUUUCUUUCUACGAAAGCUUUUGUACUCAACUUGAAACUGUCGCUUGUCGUAAAACCCGUUGUAAGGAAACAACAAACGAGAGUUUAAUAUUGGAAGAUGUGA